GUGUUGGUCUCGAUUAGAGGCGAAUUGUCGUCCGUGGGUAGAGAAAAAUCUCACGAUUGCAGUCUUCAGCGCAGGCGAAUUAAGUUUUAAAAUUAGUUGCGAUCAAGUCACAGUGUAAGACAGUUUGAGAGUCAAGUGUAAGACCCCAGUGAAAUUGUAUAAUCCAUUUAUUAUUUAAUUUAUUUUUAUAAAUAAUAGCCGCGCCCAGUAGUUUGUGUGAAAGAUUUGGAGUGUUUUGUUUAUAGGAGUGAAGAACUACUGAUUACUAUUUUCCCCUAGACUAUUUAUUUAUCUUACAUAAAAGAUGACAACGAGAGAACAGCGACAAGAAUAUUCAUCGAAUGUGGUCCGGGUGCUCCAUCCAUCAAGGCCCCUGUCGCCAGCAAACGCAGAAUUUGAUAGCAAUUUAGACUAUCUUCUAGAAGAUCUUCAGCAAUCAGUUUCACGUCCUGGAAGUUCUCUGGGACAAAGCGCCAACACCAAUAUGACAUCAAGCAGGGAGGUUCAGUACUUAUCUCCACAGAACUCUUCUACAAUAGUCAGGGAAAGAUCAGUCAGUCCCAGUGGUCAAAAAUCUGAAAAAGUGUACAAAACAGCUAAGUAUGAGUACAAAACAUCGUCCAGCACUCCUUCAUACAGUGCUCAAGCGAAUAUCCAUCAGCUGGAUACUUUGCUGGAUGACCUAAAGCACGAAAGGGAAUUAGCAGUGGACAAACUUGAUAGGAGCACUAAAGAUACAACUGAUUCUUUGAUUCCUGGCAGUACGAAAAUCAUUAAAACCACAUACACUUCAUCCAGCAAUCUUGGAAGCGGCAGUAAACCAUCAGUUCAGAGAGAAUUGCAUUUUGAAACACCAGUCAGCAACAAGUUAAAAUCAUCCCGUCAAGAAUAUAGUUCUAACUACGAAUCUAAAAUCGAAAAGAGCUCACCAUCUCAUGUUGAUGUUUCCUACGAUUCUUAUGUUCCUGAAAAAUUGGGAUCUGAAUCGAAAUCAGUCAUCACGAAGAGCUACAAUCAGAGUAAGAGUCCAGUAUCAACAAUUAGUAAAGUCGAUGGUGGUACUCUACUCCAUGAUAUUCCUGUGGAAGCAGACAUCCUUCCAAGACCGGGUACAAAAGUCACAACGACGGUGCGAACCUAUACCUAUGAAAUUCCACCGGAAGAGACGAUUGGUGGUCACAGUACGAUUUACAAGAAUGAAUCUUUCAAUCGGUUGACCAACGAUACUCGUCGUAAGCGCGAACUAUCGCCCUCGACGAAUCAGUCCUUGGUGACGCGUACGGAAAAUAUUUCUACGCUAUCGAGAAACGAUGACCGCCCUAUUUCACCAUCACCACCGGUGAAAAGGAUGUACUACCAACAGGACACACUGGAGACUACGAAAACGCGUACUUAUUCCCCAACUAGGGAUCCAGGAUAUAUUCCUCCAGUAGAUAAAACUGUGGUCUACAAACACGAUACAACAGAUACUUCGCGGUCCGUAGUAAAACCUCCGCCAACAGGUUGGAAACCUAAUCCUCCAUCUGGUCAACCUGGGACAACGUACUUCUAUCGUGAAGAGACUAAUACCACCACAAAUAAGCGCUAUCCACCUCCUCAUGAUGGAUAUGCUCCUCCACCAGAUAUGAAUGGUUAUCCUCCUGUGAACCCAUCGCCAUCGGUCUCUUAUAAGUACAGCUCUCAUACAAGCACUACGAACAAUAUACACAGACUGCCUCCAGAUGAAGUGGAUGAUGGAGUGAGACCAGCUCCAUUCCCCACAGAUGGAAUCGAGAGUGUGCCUAACAAUACACAUCCACCAAAGAGGUUGGAUGAUUUGCUUGCUACAUUCGGAGAUUCACCUCCUCCGAGGCACUAUCACGAGGGUCAAAUUGCUGAGAAACCUUAUACUCUCACAAAGGAUUCUUUGGUUGAGACUGCAUCUCCUGACCAAAAGAUUCCAACGAAGAAUGUGGCUGGACCACCAGUAUACUAUCCACCUGGAGAACUAUUCACGAAAAAGGAAGAGGCUGGUGCUGCUUGGAGGGCUCAGGGUGGUUAUGCUCGUGGUGCUGGAAAAUAUCAAUACGAAUCGGAGGAGAAGUCCAAGAGCAAAAGCAAAUCUGGAGGAGCUGUUGUGCCCGUUUGUUUACCACUUUGUUGUGCCAUGCCUUGUUCUAUAAUGUGAAACUAUUAUUUAAUAACAUGAAAUUUUACUUAAGAAGACGUCUUAUUUCUAACAAUUACCACAAAUUACAUUUUCAUCUAAAUUGAUUUGGAAUUUAUUGCCUUUACAUUGGAGCUCUAUAUAGAGUUUCAACUGUGAUUCACACUUGAAUCUCUUAUCUCCCGUGUGUGUCUUACUUAAACAAAUGCCAUACUUACCUUUGUUAUAUUAGUUGAGAAAGAAGAAAAAUAUUUUUGUAAUUGUACUGUAAUAUACGAUUUUUACAAAUUUUAUGCUGUAUUGAAAAUAAAAUUCAAUGUUUAUUAUCUUUUAGAUAUUCCAAUAUUUACAAAUUAAUUGAAAAAAUGUACGUAAUUAUGCGUAUAAAUAAUUCUAAAGUUGUUUAAUUACAUUUUAUGUACUCGUACAGAAUGUCUCACAAACAAAAAGCAUGGAUGAUUAUGUAUGCAUUAGCUGUAUUAAAAGAAAACUUAUUUUUGUAAACCGGACAAGUUCUCAGCCGUUUUUAUAACAAGUAUAAUCUUUGUGUAUUCUUUUUACAAUAUUCAAUGUAACAAUAAAAAUUUUACUAAUAGACCAAA